AUGGCGAGUCUAUCUCCAGAUACUUGCCCUGUGAAGGCCGAGCCCACCCUCUCCUUUACCCAGGGUUUGAUCCUCGGCCAGUUGUCGGUGGUCCUGGUGCUCGCUGCUUUCAUCAAAUUCUUCAUUUUUGGAGAUCCCCCGUCGCCCGAAGUAACAGCCUCGCUGAGAGCAACGGAACGUCGCUCGAGGACACUUGCUCACAAGCGUUCACUCCUGAGUCUGCGGACAGCCAGUGCUCGCCAGGGCCAGCAAACCCUCAACCGCAAAAAGUCCAGUGUGCUCCGCAAUCCUCCCAACUUGACUAUCGGCUCCAUCUUGAGCAAAACCUACUACAACGUCGACAGCCACCAGCCGGAAAGCUUGGAUUGGUUCAACGUUCUCAUAGCCCAGACUAUCGCCCAGCUGCGCAGCGACGCCCAGCAUGACGACGCCAUCCUUACCUCCCUCACCAAGGCGCUCAACGGAACCUCCCGGCCAGACUUCCUUGACGAGAUUCGCGUAACAGAGCUGAGUCUCGGGGAAGACUUCCCCAUAUUCAGUAACUGUCGUAUCAUUCCGGUAGACGAGGAUGGUUUGAGCCUUGGUAGUGGCAGAACGCUUGAUGCUAGUGCCGCCACGAGGGAGGGAGCAAAACUGCAAGCCCGGAUGGAUGUCGACCUCAGCGAUAUGCUAACAAUGGCAAUAGAGACGAAACUUCUUCUCAACUACCCUAAGAAGCUUAGCGCAGUACUUCCUGUUGCCCUCUCUGUCUCCGUGGUCAGAUUUAGCGGCACUCUAUCGAUAUCCUUCAUCCCAAGCAACCCAUCACAAUCAACCCCCACCAUGAUGACAUUCAACUUUUUGGACGACUACCGCCUCGAUUUGUCCAUUCGAAGUCUGUUGGGCAGUCGUUCGAGAUUGCAAGACGUGCCAAAGAUCGCCCAGCUGAUCGAGGCGCGCCUUCAUCGCUGGUUUGACGAGCGGUGCGUAGAACCCCGGUUCCAGGAAAUCGCAUUACCGAGCUUCUGGCCGCGGAAGAAGAACACUAGGGGACCCGAAGAUGGCCUGGCAGAGACGAACACAUCUGUGGGCCGAGCGAAGGGCAAGGAAAUCGGCCAGGAUCUACGGGCAGAGGCCCGACGGGAGGUGGAGGCCGAGGCAGGGACGCGAACAGGAAGGGAGCAGGAUUCGCUGCGCCGCCGAAGACUCCGAAGCGAGGACGACUUCUCAAUGCCUGGCUCAAUGCCCGGUCUGGACAUGGACAUGAGGACAUGA